AAAGUAUUAAAAUAGAUUUCAGUAGGUACUGGUGGAAAGGGAAGUAUGACAGGAAUGUGGAUGUUUAUUGAGAGCUGAAUGCCUUUGAAUGGAUUCUAUUGAGUUUGUCUUUUAAACUGCCAGCUCGAUCAGGUUUUCAUCUCAGUCGUUUGUGAGGGCACUUUGUUAGAUGAGAAAUAGUUGACUCCUUGAUUCCGUUUGGGGAAACGCAAGUUCCUUGGCACCGCCAGUUCUCUGCUGCGAGAUUUCCUGAAAGAAAAUCGAGUUGGUGUGAAACUCGCUCCAGUUUGCUUCCACAUUUGUUUCGCUGGCUGCAGAGCGCAAAUGCUUCCUCGUUUGUUUUACUUUUAAACGAAACUUUCCGCAAUGAGGCCGGGGCUGGUUUUCGUGCUGGUUUGUCUGAGUGUGUUUCUGCUGGAAUUUGCGGAAUGCCAGAAGGAUGCAAAUACCAAAAGUAAAAAGCAAAAUGCUGGCGGGAAAGUGAAACUGACCAACAAAAAGCCAAAGAGCAAACCAAAAGUGAAGAAGGUGGCGGCUAAGAAGCUUGCAAGAAUCAGCAUCAUGACCCAGUUACUGCAGCAAGGCAGGUUUCAGAAGCCAUCCGAUACUUUGGUCAUUGCUGCUGGAGAGAAUCUCCUGCUGCGCUGUAAGGGGAAGCACAUUAGCUGGGCCUACCCCUCUUAUCUAGAUGAAGAAAAUGAUGACGGCAGAUUCAGUAAAAUGACGGCAGAUUCAGGCAUUAACCAUCGGGGAAGAUUUAGUCAACUGACAGUGGCAAACAGCACAGGAGCUGAUACCGGUGAAUACAGCUGCUGGGCGCUGGACUGUGAUGCUGAGACUUGCAGGAGGGAUGACUCCAAAACGGGCAGCACUUAUGUCUUCUUCACUGAUCCUCGUGAGCUGUUUGUACCAGCAAACGAUUACUACAUGGCCAUUCAGCUUCGCACUGACAGACCCACAAGGUUGCCGUGCCAGGUGACCAAUCCUCUUGCCAAAGUGUCUCUGCAUCGGGAAUAUCCACCGGAGUUGAUUCCAGAGGAUGGGAAAUUAAUCACGUUUGACGUGAAGAAAGGAUUUGUUAUCCAUAAAGCCCUUCCAUUGUUUGGCGGCACACUAUACUGCGUGGCAAGCUAUCAGGGGCUAAGGCAGAGUUCCACCAAGUACCUCCUCAUUUUUACCUAUUAUCCAUCUGCACGUCCAGCUGCUACAAUCGAAGCCUCAUCCAGCUCUGUGCAUGCGGGUGUAAACUUCAACUUAACCUGUACAGUUCUUGGGGAAACUAACAUAGACGUGGACUUCACUUGGGAAUUCCCUGGCCAGCAGCUGGGGAGACCCACCUACACCGUGGAGAGCCAGCAGUCAGUGUAUGCUGGUGGCCAGGCAGUCCAGUCAUCGCAAAGUGUGCUGCUGGUAGAUGAGGCCCGGCCUAUUGAUGAUGGACUCUACACCUGUACCGCUCAGAACCAGCAGGGGGCGACCUCAGUCUCCACUCGUGUCAACGUACUCCCACGGACUGGUCCAGGUCGACAAUGAGCAGAGGAGCAGGAUUAAGACUUUCUCCUCAGUUUACUGACAACUACACUGCAAAAUGGAGAAACCAACUGCAGUUAUUUUUAAACCCCUGCAGAGUAUUUAGUUGUACAUUUGCAUAUUUCAGUCUCAGAAAAGAUAUUUUAAUCAUUCAUCACAAAUGUGUAUGUGAGUGCUUGUGCAAUGAUUGCCUUCAAGAGAAGUAGACAAUGCUUCUCCUCUGAAGGGGAAAGAUCCCUGUUUGGUAAUAUAAUGUUGUCACUUGUACCGGUAACAACAAUUCUAACUCUUAAUGAAAAUGUAAAAUAAAACCAGCAAUGGUGAUCAAUGUGACAUCAGGGGCAGUGAGUUUUUGUAGCCAGUUAUUAUUAUUUCAUAUGGACACUGAUUCUACAACUACAAUUCCUAAUGAAGAAGUAACAUCCCUUUAUGACAUUUAUGUGAAGACAAACAUGUUUUGGCAACAUCAUUACCCAUACAGCAAGAAAUUGCAGAGUUACUCCCAGUCUAUCACGCAGACCAGACUAUCCAGCAUAGACUUCAUCUACACUUCACAUUGCCUCAAGAAAGCAGCCAAUAUUAUUGUAGACCUUUCCCUCCUCAUUCUUUAUUCUCCCCACUCCCAUCGGACAGAAGAUACAGAAGUUUGAAAGCGUGCACUGUAGUGGCCAUUUGGCCUGUUUUGCGUGUCAUUGUGGAUGGCAUGUUCCUUUAAAUUUUAGACUGCCCGUUAUAAUGUGGGUGGGAUUUAUGACGUGUCUUUGGGCGUGUUUAUGCAGCUUAACUGCUUGCGUGGUAGUUUAGUUGGUUAGAUUCGUUUUGGAGUGAAGAGGGAGAAGGUUACUCCUUCGAUCAUGUCAAGCCACAUGUCGAGCAUGUCAAGCCACAUGUUAAGAUCAUGUGAAGCAUGGAGACACGAGGAGUUUUCUAGUAUCUGAAGUAAUGAGCUGGAGUUCGAUGAAGAUUGCCGGAACAAGUCAGAAAAACCUUGGCUGUAUCUUACUGUUUUAUAUCUACAAUAAAGAAAAUAUUCAUUAAAAGACUGUGUGCUGAAGCUUUAUGAAAGGAGAAGCUCUGAAGG